CACAGGUUUCGUAUUGAAGAGGCGGCCGGUUUGAUCCGGCUGCCGCCUGAGAUCCUACAUCACAUUCUCAUCUGGCUUGAUCCCACUGAUUUGUUUCCGGUGUCCAUGGUGUGUUCAUACCUCUACAAGGUCAUCAAAGGAAACCAGAGACUCUGUCAAGAUAUCUAUCUCUUGCACUUGGAUGCACCACCAGACGAAUUUUCUAUCUGGGACUGGAGGUCCGAACUUGACGAUAUGGUGAGACUGGAAGAAGUGUUCGACAAGCGGUAUAAUGCUGAGCGUGAGGUUCGCCGGCUUCCUUUUGUUUGUAAAACUGUCAGUAGGCUACUCAAGCACGCCUCAUUCAAUAACGGGAGUCGCGACGAGGGAACAGAGUCUCGACGCCCCGUAUCGCGAAACGUGGAGUAUCUCAGUGGCCUAUUUGACAAUGAGGUUGCCGCUCGUGUCUUCACACAGCAGUCCCCGCUGUUUGACCGCAUAAACGCCAGGUUCCAAGGCUCUAUCCCAUUCCCCCAGCCGCUAGAGGAGCACCAGCAGAGUGCGAAGCUUCACUGCCUGUUUGGCCGGCCCGCUCAGCGAGGUGGGAGAACGAGGUCGACGACCACCUAUCCCUGGGCCUGCUCCAAGGUGUACGACAUACGCGAAUACGGACAAGCCAAUGGAUGGGGCCCGUUCAGGGGGGACGGGACCGGCCGCGUGGAUUGGGAGAAGAUAGAGGCCAUCAACAUUGUGAUGUGGAAGAAUAUUUGCACAAUGCGCCCAAGGAACGACAUCUUCGACCAGAUAUGGGACACUCCAUUUUGGGGAGCAUUUGCGCACAGCUAUGUGCCGACAAAUCUUUCCACGCUCUCUGAUCUAGAUGCCCAAGAUCCAUACGGAGUGACUGGGACUUAUUAUCGGGUCGUAUGUUUCCUCGACCACAGUGACUUUAUUCGUUUCAACUUCUCGAACAUGGGCAUCGUCACGAACAACAUCCCCCGCCCGCCAUUGGACAGGGGCGAGGCGACACGGCUCAUCAUCAUGGAGCUCGAGGUAACUCGUAUCGAACCUCCCGGUCCAGAAGAUGGCCAAGAUCUUCCAGUAGUGCACUUUACAGGCGUCUCGCGAUCACUCGAUGCCGACUUUGUGGAGGACGUCCACUCCGCUCUUACUGGCACCGUGCGCUUGACCAGGGAAGGCGAGGUCAGGUGGUCCUCCGUCUCCGCAUUCGACGGCCAAGAACGAUGGAGGAGCGAGGGUGUUCAGAUCGGAGGCAUUCAGUCCGCGAGGGGAGUUGUCGGGACUUGGUUCGAUAGUGACUACGAUAUACACGGGCCAGUAGGGCCAACGGCAUUCUGGAAGGCUGCUGAUUGCGAGAACCCCAGGGAGGCGCUGCUGAAAGGCGCGGACAACAUUAUCCGGGAUCCCGAGUGGCUAGAGGGCGUGGUCAUCACGUAUGAGAGUGAGGACGCCGAAUCCGACGAUGACGAUGACAACGACGAAGACUGGGAUGCCGACCUGGACCCGGUCGAGGACGAGCUCCCGGGACUGCUGGAGGAUGCCGAGAUGGACUUGGACGAAGUCACGACGAGAGACUUGAGACACAAUUGA